AUGGGCCCCUGUACCGCCUCCUCAUGCUGCUGCCAGGCCUGUAAUCUGCCAUGGGCCCCUGUACCGCCUCCUCAUGCUGCUGCCAGGUCCAGAGUCUCAAGGGUCCCUGUACGGCCUCCCAUUGCUGCUGUCUCCAUCGCCACACUCUGCCAUGUGCCACUUUUCAGGUCUCCUCACACUGCUGGUGUUUCCAUUUUGUCAUAGGGUGCUGGCAGAUUACGGGCCUCCCAUUGCUGCUGCCAGGCCCGUAAUCUGCCAUGGGCCCCUGUACCACAGGUCCAUGAGUGACGUCAUCGUCCUCUGGAUUGAGCCGUCCUCAUGCUGCUGCCAGGUCCAGGUGUGACGUAGUCAUGGGUCCCUGUACGGCCUCCCAUUGCUGCCUGUCUCCAUCGCCACACUCUGCCAUGUGCCACUUUCAGGUCUCCUCACACUGCUGGGUGUGUUCCAUUUUGUCAUAGGGUGCUG